AUGAUCGGUCUUCUGGCCGGUGUGGGCAUACCCUCAGGGAGCAUCGGCGUGCCACCGGAUCGUGCAUUGCUUGCCUUUUGGCCACAAGCGCUGGAACGUUUGAGAGUCCUUCUGCAGUUGCAGCAACACCUUCAUCGUCUGGUUGAAUUCGUGGGGAGAAAUUCGGGCCUCAUUGUUCCAAAUGAAGCCACCGAGGUCCAGCAAGUAAGGGACGAAAUCACGAAACUCUUGGAACUCUGCUUGACACCGUCCUCCAAUGCCUCGGAUGGAUGUCGCCACUUGGACUCCCAAACGGAUCAAAUCUCACACCAACUGUUGUCACUCAUGCAUCGUUUCCAGAAGCGUAUCCUUCUAACGGCCUCGGAGUCGAAGUUGCACGUCUUGGGAAUUUCACUUCUAUGCAUGUGGGUGGUAAGUGACAACCCCCAAUUUCGCGUCGUACGGUUUUCUCUGUAA